AUGACGUCUCAGAUGGGUAAGGAAGGUGCUUUUCAACCGCCUCAGGCACCGCAAAGUCAACAGAAACCGGGACUCGAAAAGAAUAUGGCUCCUCCCAGCGAAGCGACGAAACUGGAGUCAAGAGGGCAUUUUGUUGAGUAUGUAGGCUCUGGCAGAUUGAAGGACAAGAAGGUGCUCAUCACCGGCGGAGACUCCGGGAUCGGCCGAGCUGUUGCUAUUCUGAUGGCACGGGAAGGGGCCGAUAUCACAAUUGUCCAUCUUCCCGAAGAGAAAGAUGACGCUGAAGAGACCAAGAGAGCCAUUGAACUCGAGAAGAGAUCAUGCCUACUUGUCGCUGGAGACCUCAGGGAUCACAAUAUGUGUCGAAAGGCCGUGGAGGAGCAUAUGAACAAGUUCCAGAGACUGAACGUCCUGAUCAACAAUGCCUCAAAACAGUAUAUGAAUAAGAACUUCGCCGAUAUCGACCUGAAUAAAGUGGAAGAUAUCUUCCGGACCAACAUCAUCCAGAUGAUGGCUCUGACGAAAUAUGCUCUGCCAUUCCUGUCAAAGGGCGACUCCAUUAUAAACACCACAUCUGUCGUAACCUUCCGAGGUUCAAGCAGUAUGGUGGACUAUGCGGCCACGAAAGGUGCCAUUGUCGGGUUCACCAGAUCUCUAGCUUCUCAGCUGCUUCCCAAGGGUAUUCGAGUGAAUGCUGUUGCUCCUGGUGCGAUCUACACCCCAAUCCAGGCCGACACCAGGGACGCUGAACAGAUGGCCAACUGGGGCUCCAAGACUCCCCUGGGUCGACCGGGUGAGCCAAGUGAAGUAGCGACUACUUUCGUGUUUCUUGCCAGUGCCGAUGCUGCGCUUUAUUACGGGCAGGUCAUGCAUUGUUAUCCCUUAGGUGAUUAA